GGUGGCCAGGCCUGCGCCUGCCCCGGACCCUAUAAGGCCUGGGAGCUGAAAGCAGAGCCAGCUGUCAGCUGCGCCACCAGUCACUCCAAAGGACCCUCACACAGUCUAGCUGCUUAGAGUAUUAACAUGUCUGCUCAAGGGGAAGGAGGCCGGGAGCCCAAACCCAAGGGCAAGAUCCUGGGCAGCUUCCUGGGGUUCCUGCCUGGCUUCAGUUCUGCUCGGAACCUGGUGGCCAAUGCCCAAGGCCCGGCGAGAGAAGUCCAGCCAGUCACUGAUCCUACAGGUGCUACCACCCCCCAAGCCACCCAUCCCCAAGCCCAGGCAGCUACCAGCCCGAAGCAGAUGGCAAGGGAGGUGGAGAUGCUGCCGCUGCCUUCAGACAAGAUGACGUCUGGGGCGAAGGAUCUGGUGAGCUCCACGAUGACCAAAACCAAGGAUGCCUUCUCCUCCGGAGUGGCCAACGUGGUGGACUCAGCUAAAGGAGUAGUCCAGGGAGGACUCGGGAUGACCCGACCUGUGCUCACAGGAACCAAGGAAGCUGUGGCCAGUGGAGUCAUGGGAACAGUGGGUGUGGCCAAGGGCGCCGUCCAAACUGGCAUGGACACCACCAAGACCCUCCUCACUGGCACCAAAGACGCAGUGUCCACAGGCCUUACUGGGGCCAUAGAUAUGGCCAAGGGCACUGUCCAGACUGGCGUGGACACCACCAAGACCGUCCUCACUGGCACCAAGGACGCAGUGUCCACUGGCCUCACUGGAGCCAUAGGUAUGGCCAAGGGUGCUGUCCAGACUGGUGUGGACACCACCAAGACCGUCCUCACUGGCACCAAAGACACAGUGUCCACUGGCCUCACUGGGGCAAUGGGUAUGGCCAAAGGCGCUGUCCAGACUGGGGUGGACACCACCAAGACUGUCCUCAGUGGCACCAAGGACACAGUGUCCACUGGCCUCACUGGGGCAAUGGGUGUGGCCAAGGGCACUGUCCAGACUGGCGUGGACACCACCAAGACCGUCCUCACUGGCACCAAGGACGCGGUGUCCACUGGCCUCACUGGAGCCAUAGGUAUGGCCAAGGGUGCUGUCCAGACUGGUGUGGACACCACCAAGACCGUCCUCACUGGCACCAAAGACACAGUGUCCACUGGCCUCACUGGGGCCAUGGGUGUGGCCAAGGGUGCUGUCCAGACUGGCGUGGACACCACCAAGACCGUCCUCACUGGCACCAAAGACACAGUGUCCACUGGCUUGACUGGGGCAAUGGGUGUGGCCAAGGGUGCUGUCCAGACUGGUGUGGACACCACCAAGACCGUCCUCACUGGCACCAAAGACACAGUGUCCACUGGCCUCACUGGGGCAAUGGGUAUGGCCAAAGGCGCUGUCCAGACUGGGGUGGACACCACCAAGACCGUCCUCACUGGCCCCAAGGACGCGGUGUCCACUGGCCUCACUGGAGCCAUAGGUAUGGCAAAGGGUGCUGUCCAGACUGGUGUGGACACCACCAAGACCGUCCUCACUGGCACCAAAGACACAGUGUCCACUGGCCUGACUGGGGCCAUGGGUGUGGCCAAGGGUGCUGUCCAGACUGGCGUGGACACCACCAAGACCAUCCUCACUGGCACCAAAGACACAGUGUCCACUGGCUUGACUGGGGCAAUGGGUGUGGCCAAGGGUGCUGUCCAGACUGGUGUGGACAACACCAAGACCGUCCUCACUGGCACCAAGGACGUGGUGUCCACUGGCCUUACUGGAGCCAUAGGUAUGGCCAAGGGCGCUGUCCAGACUGGUGUGGACACCACCAAGACAGUCCUCACUGGCACCAAGGAGACAGUGUCCACUGGCCUCACUGGGGCCAUGGGUGUGGCCAAGGGUGCUGUCCAGACUGGCAUGGACACCACCAAGACCGUCCUCACUGGCACCAAAGACACAGUGUCCACUGGCCUGACUGGGGCCAUAGGUAUGGCCAAGGGUGCUGUCCAGACUGGCAUGGACACCACCAAGACGGUCCUCACUGGCACCAAGGACACAGUGUCCACUAGCCUCACUGGGGCCAUGGGUGUGGCCCAAGGCGCCGUCCAGACUGGCGUGGACACCACCAAGACCGUCCUCACUGGCACCAAAGACACAGUGUCCACUGGCCUCACUGGGGCCAUGGGUGUCGCCAAGGGUGCUGUCCAGACUGGUGUGGACACCACCAAGACCGUCCUCACUGGCACCAAGGACACAGUGUCCACAGGCCUUACUGGAGCCAUAGGGAUGGCCAAGGGCGCUGUCCAGACUGGCGUGGACACCACCAAGACCGUCCUCACUGGCACCAAGGAUGCGGUGUCCACUGGCCUCACUGGAGCCAUAGGUAUGGCCAAGGGUGCUGUCCAGACUGGUGUGGACACCACCAAGACCGUCCUCACUGGCACCAAAGACACAGUGUCCACUGGCCUGACUGGGGCAAUGGGUAUGGCCAAGGGCACUGUCCAGACUGGUGUGGACACCACCAAGACCAUCCUCACUGGCACCAAGGACGUGGUGUCCACUGGCCUCACUGGGGCAAUGGGUGUGACCAAAGGCGCCGUCCAGACUGGCGUGGACACCACCAAGGCCGUCCUCACUGGCACCAAAGACACAGUGUCCACUGGCCUCACUGGGGUCAUGGGUGUGGCCAAGGGCGCUGUCCAGACUGGCGUGGACACCACCAAGACUGUCCUCACUGGCACCAAGGAUGUGGUGUCCACUGGCCUCACUGCGGCCAUGGGUGUGGCCAAAGGCGCUGUCCAGACUGGCAUGGACACCACCAAGACCGUCCUCACUGGCACCAAAGACACAGUGUCCAUUGGCCUGACUGGGGCAAUGGGUAUGGCCAAGGGCACUGUCCAGACUGGCGUGGACACCACCAAGACCAUCCUCACUGGCACCAAGGACGUGGUGUCCACUGGCCUCACUGGGGCAAUGGGUGUGGCCAAAGGUGCUCUCCAGACUGGCGUGGACACCACCAAGACGGUCCUCACUGGCACCAAGGACACAGUGUCCACUGGCCUCACUGGGGCCAUGGGUAUGGCCAAGGGUGCUGUCCAGACUGGUGUGGACACCACCAAGACCGUCCUCACUGGCACCAAAAACACAGUGUCCACUGGCUUGACUGGGGCAAUGGGUGUGGCCAAAGGCGCUGUCCAGACUGGCGUGGACACCACCAAGACUCUCCUCACUGGCACCAAGGAGACAGUGUCCACUGGCCUCACUGGGGCAAUGGGUGUGGCCAAGGGUGCUGUCCAAACAGGCAUGGGCAGUGUCCAGAAUUGGUUACCUGGCUCUGAGGAGACCUCCUAUAGUGGACUCAUCAAUGGCAGGGACCUGGACAAAUGUGGGGAAGAAAGUAUUCUUAGCCCCCAGGAGGCUCAGUCUUGCAGGGUCUCCAGCCUCUCUGACACUCCAUGUGCAGGCCAGGACCUUGCCAGAGAAGCCACCCCCAACAGCCAUGGCCUUGUUUCUACUGCAGUAACAUUCACACAAGGUACGAGCCUGGGCAAGGAAAAUGCUGGGUGUAUAGCUACCGCAUGCGGCCAUGAAGGUGUCACAGGUUUUACGACACUCUCGGAUGAGCUGGAGGAGCUGGGGGAGAUCUUCCACCCUAUGAAUGCUGAGGAGCAAGCUCAGUUGGCAGCCUCUGAGACUGAGCCCAGAGUUCCUGCAGGAGACCAGAGGAGCUACUUUGUGCGUCUCGGUGACCUGGCCCACAGCGUCCGCCAGCGAGCCUUCGAGCACGCCCUGAGCCACCUGCAGCACGGCCAGUUCCAAGCCAGAGCCACACUGGCCCUGCUUGAGGACUCCUUCAGUACGAUUGAAAAGGCCAAGCAGGCUCCAGAAGGACAGCCGUGGCCAGAUCCAGGUCCAAGGGGCGGAGUGGAGAAAGCCGGUACCCAAGAGGGGCCAGAUUCGGAGGCUCUAUCCAGAACCCGUGGACUCAUCCAGCAGCUCCACGUGGCCUACAGCACCCUGGCCUCCGGCCUCCAGGGUCUUCCGGCUGAGCUCCAGCAGCGGGUGAGGCAAGCGCGGCACAGCCUUUGCGAGCUCUAUGGCGUCAUCUCCUCUGCCAGCUCCGUCACAGAGCUGCCAGCCGAGCGCCUGGCCCAGAGCCGUGAGCACGUAGUCCAGGCCUGGCAAGGGCUGGAGAAGCUGCUGGAGAGUGUGCAGCACAGCCCCCCACUCAGCUGGCUGGUGGGGCCCUUUGACCUGCACCCUGGUGGGCAGCAGCUAUAGAUAGGCCCCCCUCAGAGCCUCCCCAAUCCCAAACCAGCCCUAACUCCCCAAUCGCUGGACACUGCUGGUUGGCGCACAGAGGACUUAAUGCAGUAGACAUGCCACGCCCCCAGCUCUGAGACUGUGCCAUCCAUCUUUCUUCCCAAGCUCGGCUGGACCUAGAAGCUCAGGGCGGCUAAGACCAUGAAGAGAGGGUCUGCACUUGAAAAUGCUGAGCAAGCACACCAGUUAGGAAAGAGAAGUGGAAAGUGCCUGAGUCUGGGAGAUUUUCCACUCAGCUCCCCGCACUAGGAGCCCCAUUACUUUCAUGGGGGACAGGGGUCUUCCACCCCUGCCUGGGCCUUCAGCUACCAGCUCGGCAGGUUGUCCCGCCUCUCCACCCUGACUCUAAAGCAUCUCCCCUAGCCCUCAGCAAACACCCUGCACCAGAAUGUACCAGAAUGUCACCAUCACCCGGAGGCAGGGUCUCACUGCCUCAGUUAACCCCAGUGUGGCUAAGAGAAGGGGCUUCUUGAGGACAAAGCCACCAGCAGCAACCCCCUCACCUCCAGGCUCUGCGGAGCCCUUCCUUGAGGACAUUACCUGGGGGUGAGUAGAGUGGAUACAAAUCAAGCCCCUUCUGCCUCUUCCACUCACCCACCUGUUCCACCCUGUAGGCCAAUCACAUAUUAGAGAGCUGAGGUUCUGGUCUCCGAGGUACCUGGGCCCAGAGGCUGCCCACGGCUGAAUAAAAGGACUUUCCCACUGG